GGGAUAAAUAGCUAAUAGUCCAAACCUAUACUCCGUAAUCCAAACCUACUAGGUAGGUAACAAUGGCAUGCACUUCACACAUAACUAAAUAGAACAAAGUCUAAACGCCACAAUUCUCAACAAUAGCUAUCUACCUACAAACCACCACCUAGCUACCUAUAUUCGAUGGAUUAAUCUGAGUAAUGAAUGAAGAAACUGAUUGGUCACACGCCCUCUGGCUGCGUGACAUAUACCACCCCCUCGGGCGUCGUCAGGUACCCCAAGGCUCCAAGGCACAACCCGACCCGAAGCGAUUAGCGCGACCGACCGGGAAACCACUUACUAGCCCAUCUUAACCUCGCCCGUCCACCCCCUCACCAACCACCCCCUCCAUAUUCCAGAAAUUUUCUAGCUCAAAUCACACCAACCUGUCCCUUCCCAAAUCUAAGACGAAAAAAAAAUAAACAUGUCCCACAAACUUUUCAUCCUCGUCUAUCGUGGCGAUCCCCUUGAUUACAGCGAAUACCGCCACACCGCAUUAUACGUGCAAUUUGCCGCGCAAGGCCGCAGCGUCCUGCAUAUUAUAGGCACCCAGGGACUCUUCCGGUAUGUGGAAUACGUGGGGGCCGAUCCGAUGGAACUUGGGGAUUUGGUGCGUGUGGUGCCGGUGACGGACUUGUCGGGGUCCGUCGAAGCAGAGGAGGAGGCAAUUCGGGAGACGGUGGCGCGAACCCCGGUGCGAAAUGGUUAUUUGGAUCUGGAGUGGAACUGUCAGCACUGGGUGGGGGAUGCGUUGGGGAGAUUGGUUGAAAGAGGCUGGGUGACCGAGGAGGAGAGGGCGGAGGCGAUCGAUAAGAUGACCGAUGCUUGUUUGGAGGCCAGGGAUGAUCAGUUUGUGGUGACUUGAUCAUGGUUUUUUUAACCUUUUGAAGAGGCUGCGAUCUUGCAGAAUGAUUAACGAUCAUAGGCACUGGCGGUGAUCUCCUGCCUCGGUUGUGGGUCGUGGGUUUGUUGAGCUCGUGGUGGAGUUGCGUCGGAUUGGGUGGCUUCUCUUAGGCUAUUUUUACUCCCGGCAUUCAGUCCUCUGUGAACGUAUACCGGUAGUCGGUAGUCGGCACUCGUCCUCCGUACGUGGGAAAGGACAGGCAGCAAGAUACACAUGGCCAGCACCCGAGGCUAGUGCUGGCCAGCACGGGCGGCU